AUGGCGAUCAAGUACGAAGUUUCACGAUAUCGAUUCUACUGCUCCCAUUUAAACAAGCUACCUUUGCCCCCGGGACCGCGUGGGCUUCCGUUUAUUGGCAACCUCCACCAGGCGCCCAAAGACCUUGCGUGGGAGGGUUAUAAGAAAUGGAGCGACAAAUAUGGCCCGAUUAUGUCCGUCAAUAAUGGCGGCGUGAUUACCAUAAUCAUAAGUUCGCAUGACAUCGUCAAGAAUUUUUUGGAGAAGCACAACGCAGUUUUCAGCUCCCGGCCACAGCUCUUAGUGCUAGAGCGUGCAUUAAAAGGCCUGACUACCCCAGCGUUGCCAUACGGACAAAAAUGGUUAGUCCACAGGGCACUUAGGGCCGCGGUUUUAAAACCCUCGAUGGCGAUAAAAUACCGGGGAAUUCAAGAUCUCGAAUCGAAGCAGCUACUUUUUGACCUCCUCCACAAUGAAGACUUUACACAAUGCUUGCGCCGUCAUGCAAGUAGCCUCUUUUUGGGAAUUGCAUAUGGACACCGAUUUCCCGAGGAAGACCCAGAAUCGCUUGAUAUUGAUAAGGCUGUCGCACAACUGGGAGGCAUCUCCGAGUCUAUGUUUCAGGGCACCGCAAUGCUUCGCGAAUUUUUCCCAAUUCUUCGAUUCCUUCCUGGUACCGACAAGUGGAGAAAACAGCUAGAUGAAGUGGGUGAUAAACUGGCUGAUAUUUACGUUGCGCGUCUUCGUGCGGCAUUGAAGACCCCAGCAUGGAAUUGGGCCAAGGAGUACAUACGAAGACCUGAGGCAAAGGGGAUGGACGAGCUGGAGCUGGCAUUCUGCAUCGGAUCCACAUACCAAGCGUCUCUUACACCCUACGAGAUUAUACGCAUUAUCAUGCUGGCCGCUAUUCUUCAUCCGGAUGAGGCUCUCAAGCUCCAGAGUGAAAUCGAUCGUGUGGUCGGCGAAGACCGUCUCCCCGGCUGGGAGGUCCGAGACAAUCUUCCAUGGGUCCGUGCUUUUAUCUGGGAAUCUCUUCGUUGGCAUGCGUUCUCGCCACUUGGGGCACCGCGUGCAGCGAGUAAAGAAAUUGAAUACAAGGGCUACCGCAUCCCCAAGGGUGCAACAAUCGUUCUCAACCAUUUUGCGAUGGACCACGAUGAGAAUAUUUACAAGGACCCGUUCGUUUUCCGACCUCAGCGUUGGAUUGAUAAUCCUGACCUUCCCCAUAUCAUCUUCGGUUUUGGAUUACGAGGAUGCCCUGGACAGCAUUUGGCGAGGGAUCUUCUUUACCUCAAUACUGCUCGACUGUUCUGGGCUUAUAACAUCGGUCGCCCAUUCGAGGGAGGUAGGCAGGUAGACCUCGAUGCAGAGGCGCUGAUGAGACCUCGUGGUGGCGGGUCUGCUUUCAACCAGGUUCCACACUUCAAAGCUUCAGUAACUGUGAGGGAUCCCAAACGGCGGGCGAUUAUUGAGGAAGCGUGGGCAACUUGUGAGAAAGACGAACAGAAAAUCCUCGAGGAAGCUAUGCCGAUGGCAAAUGGGAGAGAAAACGGAAAAAACAGUUGA